AUGGCUCCUCCACGAGGCCGAGGACGUGGUCGUGGUGGAACGAGAGGUAGAAGAGGUCGUACGACAGGCAGAAGAAAUGAUUUUGCUACUUCGCGACUGCGUGAAGUGGAUUCCGAUGAAUCCUCUGGUGAAGGUGGGCCCGGCGAUCAGGAGGUGGAGGAUAUGAAUAGGAGCGAUGAUGCCAUGAUGGAUGAUGCUUCAUCCAGCAGCGACGAAGAGGAGGAGAGUACGGGUCGUCCGUACAACGAAUUGCUCGAACUACUGCACGCCAAUUCCGACCCGAAGGGACCCGCUCGGAAGAAGAGAAAGCUUGCCAGUGAUUCCAAUGUGGAGGAAGCUCCAAGGGCUAUCGUGGACGAAGAAGAGGAACAGGCUGAUGAUGCGCUACAAGAUCAAGCUCCAUCCGACGAUGAGGAGGACGCGCAGGAUGACGACGAUGAUGAUGUUGUUGGACCGUUUGAGAGGCACUUUAAUGUCGCCGAAGGGGAUGACCUUUCCAAUAAGAUUCAAUCUAUCGAGUCUAAUAAGUGGACAUCGGUGAAGAAGGAGGUGGACGGGUUGCGCGUCGUCCAAUCCAUUCCUGAAGCAGGCGAUUCUAAAGCAUUACUACUCCCGGUGAUGAAGAGCACGGCGAACCUGAAGAUCAAGAAUAAGUUGAAGCCCCGAGCUGCGGAGCUCCUCCCUACCAUCAACGGCCCUGCCCAACAAGUGGCUCCAUAUGUAUUUGACUAUCAAGACGUUCUCUACGGUGCGCGUACCGCAUCUAUCGCGGAAGAGAUGCGCGAUAUCAUGGCUCUUCACACCGUCAACCACAUCAUCAAGACCCGAGACCAAGUGCUCAAGAAUAAUGCGCGCCUAGCAAAGGAUCCAGACACCGACAUCGAGUGCCGUGACCAAGGUUUCACUCGUCCUAAGGUCCUGUACAUUCUUCCAACUCGCCAAGCAUGUGUGCGUGCUGUCAACGCCAUUACCCGAUUCUACCAGGUCGAGCAGCAGGAGAACAAAAAGCGAUUCACAGAUACCUUCUCCGGAUCCGAGGAUGCGGGAUGGGAGAACAAGCCCGAGGACUUUCGCGAGCUGUUUGGUGGUAAUGAUGAUGAUAUGUUCCGACUGGGAUUGAAGUUUACUCGCAAGACCGUCAAGUACUUUGCGCAGUUUUACAACUCGGACAUCAUCCUAUGUAGUCCACUUGGUCUGCGGACCAUCAUGGACCAAUCUGACGAGAAAAAGCGAGACCACGACUUCCUCUCCUCCAUUGAAGUCGUCCUUGUCGACCAUGCCGACGCUCUCCUCAUGCAAGUCUGGGACAAUAUCCCCUACAUCUUCAAGCACCUCAAUCUACAGCCCAAGGAAGCGCACGGGUGCGACUUCAGUCGCGUGCGCAAUUGGUACCUCGACAACCACGCGCGUUACUUGCGACAAACUAUCGUGUUGACCUCUCAUAUCACCCCCGAGAUGAACUCGCUCUUCUCAACGCAGAUGCAAAACGUAUCUGGCCGCAUCAAAUUCACACCUACCUACGCCGGCGCGAUCACCGAGCUGCCGCUCCCAGUCUCAGUCAAGCAAACCUUCUCACGCAUCGACAGCCUUUCACCCGCGAAAGACCCCGAUGCCCGGUUCAAGCAUUUCACAACGACGGUCCUAUCCACGCUCGUCAAGAACAUUGCCAAUGACCGUGGCAAGGGAAGCGCCGGCACAAUCAUCUUUGUCCCAUCAUAUCUCGACUUUGUUCGCGUGCGCAACCACUUUGCUCAAUCUGCGCAGACAACGAAUGUCUCCUUCGGCGCGAUCUCCGAGUACACCGAAGCGCGGGAAGUUAGCCGGGCUCGUAGUUACUUUAUGAAUGGCCGCUACUCGGUGCUGUUGUAUACCGAGCGCGCGCAUCAUUUCCGCCGAUACCAGAUCCGGGGUGUUCGCCGGGUGAUCAUGUACGGUCUACCCGAGAACCCGACAUUUUAUGGCGAGAUUGUAGGAUUCUUGGGGCUUGAUCCUGCGGCUGUGGUUGAAGCUGCUGAAGGUGGUGUUCGGGCGCUGUUCUCGAAGUGGGAUGCGCUUAAGCUGGAGCGUAUUGUUGGAACUUCAAGGGUUGGGAAUAUGCUGCGGGAGAAGGGAGGUGAUACCUUUACUUUUGUAUAA